AUGACACCCCUUUCUCCCUAUGAUAUACUUGAAGUGCCAUCUUCUGCGUCUAUAGCUGAAAUUCGUGCGGCAUUCAAGCGACUCGCGCUGCUCACCCAUCCGGAUAAGAUACAUAAUGUUAAUCAGCUGGGGGAUAAUAUGAUUUUGUUGCGGGAACCUCAACCUUUUCAUGUUAUUAAGGAAGCAUCAGAGAUACUGAUGGAUCCGUUGCGACGUGCUCAGUAUGAUCACGGACAACAACAAUCUUACGUUCGUUCCGUUGGUGUAGUAAGUGAUACUUACGAUUUGAGCGAAUUUGAUCUUAAGGAUGAACGGAUUCUUUGUAGAUCAGAUGAAAAGGAAAACAAUGUGGUCAUAAUUCGUGUGUAUGCUUUAGAGUGUCGCUGUGGGGGUUCUUUUGAGCUCUUUCUCACACAACAAGAAUCUGAGAUGCAGGAAAUUGAAAAACUUUGUGAAUGUGAUUGCUGUUCUUUGGUGAUUUCUGUGACAUGGAAAGGUAAUUCAAAAUGA